AUGUUGCAGUUUUGUUUUCUAUCACUCAUAGACUUUAUGCUCAGUGUUUUAGUGUCUCCUAUGUUAACAGGAUGCCUCAACCCAACUGUGGUAAACGCAUCGGAGGUGGCAUUGGACCAGAUUAAUGCAGCCAGGAUGGAAAGAUACAUUUUCUUUUUAAGUAAAUUGUACUGUAUACAUAUUUGUUCAAAGGAGGAAAGCAAAACUCUCUUAGACCUGACAAUACUGUAGAUGGGGAUAAAGUGUCAUGUGAUCAGCAGAAGGAGCUGGAAAUCAUGUGAAAUAAGGGGUAAAGCAAAUGUUUAUGUGUUUGGAACAUGUAAUGUAUCUGUCUCUAUUCAGACUGGCAUCACUGUUCAUAGCUUUAAUUGCACCAUCCAAGAAGGUGUUUCAGGUGAGGCCAUACAUUUUCUUUGUCCAGACUGCCCAACAUCAAAGCGGCUGGAUUCUAAUGUAGUAAAGGCAGCACAUCUUUCACUUAAUAAAUUCAACAGGCAAUCACACUCUGCUAAUUACUUUACUCUCCUAAACAUAACAAAGGCGAGCAUACAGUGGGUUGUUGGUCCAACCUACUUUGUGGAGUUCAUCAUACGAGACUGUGCCAAAACUUUGAGUGAUACUGAGCUGUCUAUGUGCAAACCAAAAAGUGAGACAUCUGUGAGUAAAAGAGCAACCUAUUCAAUAAAUAAUACUGCUACUCAUAUUUACUAUCUAUACUGUAUAUACUAUGUGUACAUUAGAAUCUUACCAACCGCCACCAACUGCCCUGGUAAAAGGAAUCACAAUCUUUAUCUAAGGGAAAUGGAUCUCUAA